GUGAAACCAGGGUAUCGGCAAAUCUACCCUGAUGGACACUUUGUUCAAUACCAACUUUGAGAAUUUUGAGUCAUCCCACUUUGAGCCUCAGGUGAAAUUGCGGGCUCAAACCUAUGACCUACAGGAGAGUAACGUCCGACUACGCCUUACCGUGGUCAACACAGUGGGCUUUGGAGACCAAAUGAACAAACAAGAAAGCUAUCAACCAGUGGUGGACUACAUAGACAGGCAGUUUGAGAGUUAUCUACAGGAGGAGCUAAAAAUCAAGCGCUCUCUUCACAACUACCACGACUCACGAGUCCACGCCUGCCUUUACUUCAUCUCCCCCUCAGGUCAUUCACUCAAAUCCCUGGACCUCGUCACUAUGAAGAAACUAGACAGCAAGGUAAACAUCAUCCCAGUGAUUGCCAAAGCUGACACCAUCAGUAAAAGCGAGCUACACAAGUUCAAGAUCAAAAUCAUGAGCGAGCUCGUCAGCAACGGCGUCCAGAUCUAUCAGUUCCCUCUGGAUGAUGAGACUGUUGCUAAGGUCAACACUACAAUGAAUGGUCAUUUGCCGUUCGCUGUAGUAGGCAGCACAGAGGAGGUCUGCGUCGGCAAUAAGAUGGUGAAGGCUCGUCAGUAUCCCUGGGGUGUAGUACAAGUGGAGAACGAGAGUCACUGUGACUUUGUGAAACUGAGAGAGAUGCUGAUCUGCGUAAACAUGGAGGACCUCAGAGAGCAGACACACACUCGCCACUACGAGCUGUACAGACGCUGCAAACUUGAGGAAAUGGGAUUCAAAGACACAGACCCAGAGUGCAAACCUGUCAGCUUGCAGCAGACUUAUGAGGCCAAGCGUCAGGAGUUCCUGGUCGAGCUGCAGAAGAGGGAAGACGAGAUGAGGCAGAUGUUUGUGCAGAGGGUGAAGGAGAAGGAGUCUGAGCUGAAGGAGGCCGAGAGAGAGCUGCAAAGUCGUUUUGAGCAGCUGAAGCGUCUCCAUGCAGAUGAGAAGGCAGCUUUGGAGGAGAAGAAGAGGCUCCUGGAUGAUGACCAGAGUUCGUUUGGCAAGAGACGAGCUGCUGCUCAACUCCUGCAGGCCCAGAGCCUCACUGCCAAUGGCAAGAAGGACAAGGACCGUAAGAAUUCUGGCUUCAUGUGAAGACAUUGGGAUCUGAAGUACACUCCAUUAUAACCAGCAUAACCAGUGACAUUCUGGCCGCAUUCUUUCCAGCCAUUUCGUGGUCAGUCUCAAACACUAACCAGGAAAACAAGACACGAACCAGCGGUAUGUGCCAGUGUGAGUUUUGCCAAAGUUUAAUGAUUGUACCCAUGAAUCCUGUGUACACUUUUCUAAAUGGUAUGUUUUAAUCCUCUCUGUGGGCUUUAUACCUCUGUGUAAUAUUUUAUAUUUAUCCUUUCAUUUUUAUAUAAGACCUUGAUUUUCUAUGUAAUCCCCCUCUUCCUUUUUUUAAAAUUGACCCUCACUUGGCCCCCUCACUUGAUACUGUACAUUGAUCAAACAAAUUGGAUAGGUACAAACACUACACUGAUGGGACUUCUGCACUUACAUUUUAUCUGUCUGCCAUAUCUUUAGUGUGUCAUAAGAGCACUAUAAAUUUUUUACAAUGCAUUUUCAAGACUUUGCUAAUCAGAAAAUAUCUGUAUCCUGCUUAUUAUUUAUUAGAAAGCCCAUAUCAGACUUUCGCCUCAUGAAGAGAUUGAUUUUUUUUUUAGUCGCAAUGUUUAAAUAACUGAUAGAGAUUCCUUUUCAUAAAAGUUUUGAUGGCCAUCUGUGUUGGAACUUAAAGCAAAAUUAAUGUAAAAGCGUCGGUAGUCUUCACUUUACAAAAUAAAAAUAUCAGUUUAAUUACACACAAAAUAAUGUAAACACUCAGUCAUUUUCAUCUUUCUACCAUGCCAACUGUAGAAAAAGCAUUUUGAAUUUUCAUUUCUAAGGAUACUAUUAGCAGCACCACUAGCUUUUUGUAAAAUCACAUUUUGGCAUUUAUCAGAUUUUUAUGUUCUGUAGCACAGUGAGAAGCAAAUGCCAGCAUGUCAUUAAUAAAGAGAUAAACAAUCACUUUAUUAUUUUUUCAGCUCACAGCUGUUCCCUGCAGUGAGAGGAAAUAUAGUGAUAGCGUUGCAGCUCUCUAUGAAACAGACCUGUCAUGUUUAAUAGGAGCCAUUACAGAAUAAUUACUCCACUGAGACCUUUUGAUAUUUAACAGAUUUGUAGAUCCAGCAAUGUAACAGAAUCCAUGUCUGAGACUUAGGUGAUGUUUUCUGAAGGUCGAUUUAAUGCGGUCAUCAUCAAGAGUUUUCAUAAUCAGGGUCAGAGGGCAUUAUAAUUCCCUUAUCUGUGUUAUGUCUGAUUUUUCUCGAAACCUCCUUGAUGUGAGAAACUUUAAUUAUGACCACACCAGCAUUACAAAAACCUGCAGAAGCAGCAUCGGCUCUUCUGUUGCUGUUCCAAAGGGGCUUCUCUUGUUCAGUUUUGUAGGAGGGUGAAGCUGGGCCUUGGUGAUGAGUUGGUUGCAUGUUACAGUAUACAUACAUAUAUAUAUAGUGCAUGUGUGUAUGUAUGUAUAUGUAUGUAUAUAUUGACUCACCCGUAUUUUUUUCACUGACACAAACGGUUGAAGUUUGCAGAAUGAAUGCAGUCUGUCUAAAAAGAGCUGACUCAUAGAAAAAAUGCAUAAUGUCAAGCCAGUGUUUGUUGAAGGGUGGACAGGGAGAGAGGGAAAAUGUGACUGUGUUUUAAUUAUUUCUUUAUUCAACUGUGUCUGGAAUCAGGACGAGACAAGGUUUCACACCUCCAAUCUUUUUACAGCAAUGUGUAACCAACAUCUACUCACAAACACUGCCACUAUAUAUUUACAUAAGUGCUUAAUAUGUGCUAGUGCUUUAUCUGUGUAAAGCUUACUUAGAAAUACACUAGCCACUUGUACAUCCAGGGAAACACAGUGAUGCCUAAUGGAGUAAAGCUUGUCAAAGACACAUUUGUGUUACACCUGUAUUUAAGGAAUAAACAGUGUUACUUGGAAGCUUUUUUCCUCCUUCCUAAAUAAAAAUUUGUAUUUUUGUCAUGAUA